AUGUCGGAAAUUUCCGAUUACCUUCCCUCUUAUGCCUCAUACAACUGGACCGGCGCCCCAGCUGAUUAUACCCUGUCCACAAAUGCAGAUACUGGUGGUGAUUCUAAUGUCGAAAACUUGAACAAAUGGUACCAGUCGGGAGACACUGCCUACAUUAUUCUCUCAUCAUGUCUGGUCUUGAUCAUGGUGCCCGGUCUGGGAUUUCUGUACUCUGGUCUUGCACGCAGAAAGUCCGCGUUGUCAAUGAUGUGGGCUUGUAUGGCUGCCGGGAGUGUCAUCAAUUUUCAAUGGUACUUCUGGGGUUACUCCCUGACCUUUUCUGCGACCGGUGAGAGUGGAUUUAUCGGCGAUCUGAAGCACUUUGGCUUGAAGAAUGUGCUCGGAAGUCCUAGUCCCGGUUCGCCGCUUGUUUCCAGCCUGCUCUACUCCUUCUACCAGAUGCAAUUCUGUUGCGUUACUGCGGCAAUCGUUGCAGGCGCUGUGGCUGAGCGAGGUAGAUUGUUGCCCUUCCUUGUCUGGACAUUCCUCUGGGCAACUCUCGUCUACAACCCGAUCGCCUGCUGGGCUUGGAACGUGAACGGCUGGGGUUAUAAAUACGGUGUCAUGGAUUAUGCCGGAGGUGGUCCUGUCGAAAUCGGAUCUGGUCUAUCUGCAUUGGCCUAUUCGAUGGUCCUUGGAAAGCGACAAGAGAAGAUGAUGCUCAAUUUCCGCCCGCACAAUGUCUCGUUCAUCCUCCUCGGGACAGUGUUUCUAUGGUUUGGCUGGCUUGGAUUCAAUGGUGGUUCCUCAUUUGGUGCCAACUUGAGAGCUGUGAUGGCUUGUUGGAAUUCCAAUUUGACUGCCACUUUUGCCGCGGCUACAUGGGUUCUUCUGGACUUCAGACUCGCCCGAAAAUGGUCCAUGGUUGGUUGGUGCUCUGGCACGAUCUCUGGACUAGUCGCAGCUACUCCAGCUUCAGGGUAUCUCGACACUUGGGGAAGUGUUGCUUUGGGCGUUGCUACUGGAGUCAUUUGCAAUUUUUCUACCAAGAUCAAGUUCUGGAUUAGAAUCGACGAUUCAAUGGAUGUGUUCGCUGAGCACGGCGUCGCCGGCAUCGUUGGCUUGAUUUUCAAUGCUCUUCUUGGUGUCGAUUAUGUUGUCGGUCUGGACGGGGUCAACACCGGCGGCGAGAAUCCUGAGACUGGCACAGGAAUUGGAGGGUGGCCAAUUGGCAACUACCGUCAGUUAUACAUUCAGGUUGCGUACAUCGUCGCCUGCAGCGCAUACGCAUUCGCCGUCAGCGCAAUUCUCGCCUACGCCGUCAAUUUCAUUCCUGGUCUUCACCUUCGCGCAUCCGAAGAGGCAGAACUCCUGGGCAUGGAUGAUGAUCAACUAGGCGAAUUUGCGUACGAUUACGUCGAGGUUCGGCGCGAUUACCUCGCAUGGACACCUUCGAGCAAAGAUCAACAUGGCCUUGAUCCAGAUAUGCCUCAAGAGCACCGCCAUGGCAUUGAAGAGCAUUCAAGGCUGAUCAAGAGCAGUAAUGAUGCCAGCUCCAGUUCGAACAAUGCCGAACCUAGCCCUCAAGCACCGGGUGUUCGCCACGCCGAAGCCGCCGAGGACCAGGAAAAGACUCCGCAUGCAACAACGCAAUAA